CACAAUCAUUGUCAUCAUUCAUAGACGCCCAUUCGGUGGCGCAAAGAUCAUGCCCUUGGGCGUUCGAGAGGCUGCUCUGUGCGCCGUCGAGUAGACGCGGGCUUUCGUGCCACGUGGAAACAAUCACAAACCAGCACUUUAGCUCAAGGAACAACUUCCACACUCUCCUAGCUCACCUCACUCGCUUCCUCCCACAUCUUUCCUCCACAAUGAUGCGUCUCACCUGCGCGUCGACCGCUCUGGCACUUGCUGCGCUGGCGCCGCUGUCCAGCGUGAGAGCCUUGCACGAGCACAUGGACGAUGGUCUACCUCCGGCAUCAAUUGCCAACCAGGAGGCCCCCAAAGCGGGAAAAGAGUCAUACGUUCAGAUGCACAUGGCUCACGAGCACCAUAUUGGUGCAUUUGACCUGUCGAGUUUCUUUGCGCUCCAUGACCUCGAUCGCAACGGCGUUCUUGAUCGACCGGAAAUCGAGGCCAUAUAUGGUGUGCACCACUCGACUUCCGUCAAGCACUCGAGGGACUAUGAGGUGCACGACGAGAAAGCCAACCACAUCGUCCAUGAGGUGCUCCGGAAACUGGACAAGGAUCGUAACGGUCUCAUCACCCAGCGAGAAUUCGUCAAUGGCGGUCCAGACGGCCUGCCUAGCUUCCCAGAGUACGGAAAAGGCGUUCUCGGUCAUCACUAUGACGAGGAAUCCGAGUACUUUGUACACCACGAGGAGAUCUACCACAACAAGCCCGAGACGCAGACCGAGGAGUCGUACAACCAUCCAGAAGACAUCGAGCAUUUCGCGCACCACGACAAGAUCGAGGCCGAAGAAGAGAACCGAGAGCGGAAAGCCGAAGGGAUGCCCUCGAUUGAGGAAGACAAGAGGCUGCGCCAGGAAGCCAAGGAGAAGGGCAUCAAGUACGAAUCGCCGUACGAAGCGCAGCUUCCCAAAGAGGACAGCCCCGCCGCUCCUCAGCAGGCCUAUGACUCUCACGUUGCGGACGGAUAUGCGGAGCAGCAGGCACGCGUUGGCACUGAGCACGUCUUCAGAACGCCAGACGGGCCUCACGUCGUCAAGACGAACCCGGACAACGCGAGGGCAGCGGAGAAGGCAGCCUUGGAGCACGAGCAGGUACCAGAGAAGCUUCCCGGCGAGACCGAGGAAGGGUACAAGGACCGCUUGGCGGCGCACCAGCAGCGCGUCGUGGCUGCUCAAGACUACGCAAAGGCGAACCCGAAGUUGGCCAACCCAGCUAUGAAGGCGCAGCAAGGCAAGGACGGCGACCUCAGGCAGGCCGAGGGUGAGAGCGCAGAAGACUACGCAAGGCGCCUGUCCAGGGCCAAGUUCGCCCAGACGAAGGCAAAGCCAGGCUACAAAGGUGGCGCCAUUGAUGACAAAGCCCGAAAGACGGCACCUUACAAGGGCCGCAUCAAGAAGUCGAGCUACUUUGGCGAGUUCUAGGUCUCAAAUAUCAUCGAUUGUCACACCCUUUCGAUUAUGCAUCCUACCUCUCUUCUUGCUUUCUCACUUCAUUGCGUGGAACUUUUGUUGCUUGGUGAUCAGAAGUACAAGCUUG